AUGUGGGAGCAGGAAAGAUGCCAACCUCUCCCCCAUGCCCAGGAACGCCUCACCUUUGACAGAGUCCUGGAUGCUACUGCAGCUCAAGAGGCAGAGCAGGAGCUGCUGGCCCGAGUUCAGCCUGCACUGCGCUCUGUGGGUCGGGGGUACAGCGUGGCCCUGCUGCUUCGGGGUCGGGAAAGAGAGGCACCUCGGCUAGUACCUCAGCUGCUGCAGAUGCUGUUUGAGGAGGCUGGCGGGGGCUCUGCUCCUGGGCUGAGCACUCUGAGCCUGGUGCAGCUCAGCAGCCACGGGAAGGCCCGGGACCUGCUCUCCCCAGGGGCAGAGGAAGUGUCGGUGCUGCACAUGACUCCUCUGGGCGUGGUGGUGGAAGAUGCCCGGGAAGUAGAAGUGUCUGAUCCAAGAGUGGCUUCCGAGCUGUACCUGCAGGCCUCAGGGGGUGAUGGCAGGGACUGCCCUCUGCUGCAGGUGCUGGCUGGCGAGGUGGCUGAUGAGAAGGAGGAGGGCUCCCUGCCGUGGAUUGUCUCUUGUCUCCUGGAAGGAAACAACUACAGUGGCCUUCUUCUUCGUGUGGACCCUCAAGGCAGCUCCCUGAGCUUGCUCCAGGCUGCUCUGUGCGGGGCACUGCGGAGGCGGACACAGGUGAAACUGGUGCACCCCACCCUGUGGAAUGCAGUGCAAGAGGCCCGGGCCCGGCGGCUGGGCUUGAAGAACCUGCGUUCAGGCCUCUUGGGGGACACCCUAACCCAUGGUAGACUCAGCCAGCUGGCCAGGGCCCUGCAGGAGCUACGGGUAAAUAAGGUGACAGGUGUGGCAACAAGUCACAGCCCAGGCCUCCAAGGGCAGCUCCAAGGUAGAGCAUCUCUGGGACAUGGGCUCCAUCAAAAGCAUCUCCCCAGUGACUCCGAGGAAGAGGUCCCAGAUGUGCCUCUGCAGUUUUUCCUGGCUCAGGUCCGGAGGCAGAGGCUGCGAGAACAGCACCAAGUUUUGAUUCAAGAAGAACUGAAGCAUUUGGAACAGGAGGAGGAGGAGGAGGUGGCAGAUGAUCAGGUUGAAAGUCUGGUGGCUGGAGAGGAUGUCUCCAAGGCAAGGCAGGGAUGGCACCGGGAGCAGAUGGUGUUGAGACUUCAGCUGGAGGCAGUUCGGGUGGAGCGGGACACUGCCGAGCAGGACCUGGCUGCCCUCUAUGAACUGCAUGUGUGCGCUGCCCGCGCUCAGACCCGUCACGUGCUGCAGGUGUUCCAAGCCUGGCGAGAACUGUGGGCAGAUCAGGUCGCGGACCGGGAGCACCGUCACUGCAGCCUGCUGGCCGGCGUCCUGCAAGACGCCAUCAACCUAGCCACCCAGAACCAGGAGCUCCAAGCCCAGAACCUGCAGCUUCAUGGGGUGCAGACGAAUCUGCCGGGAGCCAUGUCUGGCUCUCAGCCUGGGGAGAGCUCUGAGAAUCAGGAAACCUUUGGAGAAAGUUUCCGUUUUCCUCAUUCUUCAGAGUUCCAGGAGAGGCCGUUGGGACAUGGUGACCAAGCUAAGCUUAAUGACAGUUAA